UUUUCCUUCAGAUUCCAUCCGCGUUUCCUUUGCCUACCUUUAUAUUCAGCUUUUCUCUUUCUUUCUUUUUAAUCCACUUUCUUAAAUAAACUAAACAUUAAUUCAACUUCUCUUUCCUAUAAAUUUAUCUGUAACCAUGUAUAACUAGGAGUUGUUGGCUCAAUGGGAGACGGUUCAUGGCCGACGCACGAGAGGCGGUGGGCCUCAGACACCAUCCCCGCCAAUACCAUUCUCAGUGCAACAACUUCGCCGGGGACUGAGUACAACUCCGCCGAGGAGUUCGUCGAGGUCACUCUUGAUCUCCAAGACGAUGAUACUAUCAUCCUCCGAAGCGUCGAGCCGGCCACCGUUAUCAACGUCGAUGAAGGCUCCGAUACUUCGGUAUCCGCUUCACGAUCACCGACGACGAGGAGCUCAUCCAAUAGAUUAAGGCAGUUUUCACAAGAACUGAAAGCCGAAGCAGUGGCCAAAGCCAGGCAGUUCUCACAAGAGUUGAAAGCCGAAUUACGCAAGUUCUCAUGGGGCAACGGACACGCAUCUCAGACUGUAAAUGGAUUCGACUCGGCUUUAGCCGCUCGAGCUCUAAGAAAGCAGCGAGCUCAACUCGACCGGACUCGUUCCGGCGCUCAUAAAGCACUUCGUGGAUUAAGGUUUAUAAGUAACAAUAAAGCCAAUGCAUGGGAAGAAGUUGAAAACAAAUUCAACAAACUCGCCAAAGACGGAUAUCUCUUUCGCUCCGAUUUCGCACAAUGCAUAGGAAUGAAGGAUUCGAAGGAAUUUGCGUUGGAGAUGUUCGAUGCAUUGAGUAGACGAAGGAGAUUAAAAGUUGAAAAAAUCAGCAAAGAUGAACUUUAUGAAUAUUGGUCUCAAAUCACCGAUCAAAGUUUUGAUUCUCGCCUCCAGAUCUUCUUCGACAUGGUGGAUAAGAACGAAGAUGGUAGAAUCACUGAGGCCGAAGUAAAAGAGAUUAUCAUGCUAAGUGCUUCAGCAAACAAGCUGUCAAGAUUGAAAGAGCAAGCGGAAGAAUAUGCAGCUUUGAUCAUGGAAGAAUUGGACCCUGAAAGACUUGGAUAUAUUGAGCUAUGGCAACUGGAGACACUUCUCUUGCAAAAGGACACGUAUCUAAGCUACAGUCAAGCCCUAAGCUACACAAGCCAAGCUCUUAGCCAAAACUUACAAGGAUUAAGAAAAAAGGGCAGAAUCAGAAGAAUGAGCACUAAACUUGUGUACUAUUUAGAAGAAAAUUGGAAGAGGAUAUGGGUCGUGUCACUCUGGAUUAUGGUUAUGAUAGGACUCUUUACUUGGAAGUUCUUUCAAUACAAACAGAAGAGUGCUUUUAAAGUUAUGGGUUAUUGCCUCCUCACAGCCAAGGGAGCAGCUGAGACCCUGAAGUUUAACAUGGCUCUUAUCCUCAUGCCAGUGUGCAGAAACACCAUUACUUGGCUCAGGUCCACAAAGCUGGGUCUCUUCGUACCUUUUGACGAUAAUAUCAACUUUCACAAGACAAUAGCUGCAGCGAUUUCAAUUGGAGUCAUUCUCCAUGUUGGUAACCAUCUUGCCUGUGAUUUCCCGAGGCUUAUCAGCUCUUCUAAUUAUAAAUAUAAAAAGUUUCUAAAGAACGACUUUGGAAGUCCUAAACCAACGUACAUAGACCUAGUAAAAGGAACUGAAGGAGUGACUGGAGUUCUAAUGGUUAUCUUCAUGGCAAUUGCAUUUACACUAGCAACAAGAUGGUUUCGGCGGAACCUGAUUAAGCUACCCAAGCCUUUUGAUAGAAUCACUGGCUUCAAUGCCUUCUGGUACUCGCAUCACCUGUUUGUCAUUGUCUACGUCUUGCUCAUCAUCCAUGGAGAAUUCCUUUAUCUCGUGCACAUAUGGUAUCGGAGGACGACUUGGAUGUACCUAGCUGUUCCAGUUUUGCUUUAUGCUGGAGAAAGGAUCCUAAGAUUUUUUCGUUCCGGUUUCUCUACUGUCCGGCUUUUGAAGGUUGCAAUUUAUCCGGGAGGUGUUCUUACAUUACAAAUGUCUAAGCCGCCACAAUUUCGGUACAAGAGUGGACAGUACAUGUUUGUCCAGUGCCCUGCUGUCUCUCCAUUUGAAUGGCAUCCAUUUUCAAUCACCUCCGCUCCUGGUGAUGACUACCUUAGUGUACAUAUUCGUCAGCUAGGUGACUGGACCCAAGCACUCAAACGACUAUUCUCUGAGGUUUGUGAACCUCCUGUAGCGGGGAAAAGUGGGCUUCUCAGGGCAGAUGAGGCAACUAAAAAAAGUUUGCCAAAGCUCUUAAUUGAUGGACCGUAUGGUGCACCGGCACAAGACUAUAGUAAGUAUGAUGUUCUGUUGCUUGUGGGUCUUGGAAUCGGUGCAACACCAUUCAUCAGCAUUUUAAAAGAUCUGUUGAACAACAUUGUCAAAAUGGAGGAGCAAGCAGAUUCAGUCUCAGAUACCAGUAAGGCAUCAGACGUAAGUGUUGCGAGCAGCAAUGAAUCAACCACUCCAAACAGAGUUCCAUCGAAACGAAAGAAAACUCUUAAGACCACCAAUGCUUACUUUUAUUGGGUAACCAGAGAACAAGGUUCUUUUGAUUGGUUCAAAGGGGUCAUGAACGAAGUUGCAGAACUUGAUCAAAGGGGUGUGAUUGAAAUGCACAACUAUUUGACAAGCGUGUACGAGGAAGGCGAUGCACGCUCAGCUCUCAUUACAAUGGUCCAAGCGCUAAAUCAUGCCAAGAAUGGAGUUGACAUCGUUUCGGGCACCAGGGUGCGGACCCAUUUUGCAAGGCCCAAAUGGAAGAACGUUCUGUCUAAACUAAGUUCCAAGCAUUGCAACGCAAGGAUAGGGGUCUUUUAUUGCGGGGCACCGGUUUUGGCUAAAGAGCUCAGCAAACUCUGCUACGAGUUAAACCAAAAAGGUUCCACUAAAUUUGAAUUCCACAAAGAGCAUUUCUAAUUCUGAGGAGUAUACAAGGGGGGGAAAUAGCAUUCUUACCAUCCAGGGCCCUAACUCCUUUCUUUACCUAGAGAAAUAAGAAUUUUGCAAUAAUAGGCCCAGAAGACAGGAGCCACCGUACAGCCUUAGAAUAGAAAAAGGAGAUAUGAAAGGAAAAAAGGCAUUUAGGUCUCUAUCCCUAUCGUUGAAUACCCACAAAAGUGACGGAAGAGGCCAUCAUGGUUUUUGGGAAAUUAAAAUCAAUGGUCCGGCGAGCAAGAGAAAUGAGAGUUGAGAGGUAGGGCAGGCCUAGCCCAUUCAAGACCAACUUUGAAAAGCAUAAACUGGAUGGGUUUUUUGCCUCUCUCUUUUUUCCCUAUAUUUCCAAAUUUUCAUGUAAAGAAACCUUCUAGCAUCUCGAUGCUGCUGAAUGCGGAUUGAAGAUUUGAAGCUGCUGUUCCUUAUUAUUAUUCAUUACCUUUGCUUUCAAUAAUGAUCAGAGAUUGUGUGUAAAUUAUGUUCACAACAAACUGUUCUGUAAGUUAAUUAACUUGUUGCUAGUUUUAUGAUGUUCAUCUUUAUCUUAAAUAAUAUAGACAAAGAGAGGAUUUUAUAUUAA